UCGGCAUUUGGUGGUUUUUUAUUUUUUUUUCUUUUAAAUUUUUUUUUUCUUGGGGAUUCUCCUCUCUCCUGCCAGACUGACUUACACGUUCUUGAUAAUUUCUCUUCCCCUCAUUUUUUUUUAUACUCUUCUCCCUGCUUCCAAACCCUGUGUCUGUGUGUUUCAAUACUAUCACAACCUCUGCUAAAAAUAGAUCUUUUUAUACCCUUCCUCCUCUCUGACCCCAUCCAACACCCCUUGUUAAGAAUGCUGCGGUGCCCCGCCGGCUAGCAUGCUGUCCCGGGCACCGGGCAAUCUCUGCCUGCUCCGAAGGGCGCACAGAAGACGAAUCGCGGCGCAGGAGGGCAGGCGAAGCUUCGGGUCAGGUUCGCCUUGCCCACCGGUGGCAAAGGUGCGAGAAGGAGGUAACUAUCUUACAGACAGAGCAAGAAAAGUAAAUUCACUUGGCUGUUCCAUAUCUCUGAGGAACCUGAUGCAUGAGUGGACUAGAGAAGAGAAAGACAGAAAAACUCCAAAGACCUACAGAUCAUCUGGCUGGCAGGGUCAAGUUUUCUUCGGAUUGAGGCAGAACUGCGGCUCACGGACAUCUGAUGUGAUAGAGCACACUCAACACUUUUAGAUAUCUGAAGACUGCAAAAGCUGACCAACAACAGCAGGUUUUUAAACAUCACUGCUCUUCUGACAAGUUGAUUAAGUGAAUAGAAGAAAAAAAAAAAAAGAAAAACGAAGCUACUUUCAAGUAUUGAAGAUACAAGGCCAGGAUGAACACGAAGGACGGAAAAGUGUCUGAAGGAGGUCUCAAUGUCACACUUACUAUACGCCUUCUCAUGCAUGGCAAGGAGGUUGGAAGCAUUAUUGGAAAGAAAGGUGAGACAGUGAAGAAGAUGAGGGAGGAGAGCGGUGCUCGAAUCAAUAUUUCAGAAGGGACUUGUCCAGAGAGAAUUGUGACAAUAACAGGCCCAACAGAUGCAAUUUUUAAAGCUUUUUCUAUGAUUGCACUAAAAUUUGAAGAGGACAUAAACGCUUCAAUGACAAACAGCACGGUGACAAGCAAACCGCCCGUAACACUGCGGCUCGUUGUCCCAGCAAGUCAGUGUGGAUCCCUUAUAGGAAAAGGAGGUUCCAAAAUCAAAGAAAUCAGGGAGUCCACAGGAGCCCAGGUGCAGGUGGCAGGGGACAUGCUGCCCAACUCGACGGAGCGCGCGGUGACCAUAUCCGGCACUCCCGACGCCAUCAUCCAGUGUGUGAAGCAGAUCUGCGUGGUGAUGCUGGAGUCCCCACCCAAAGGUGCCACCAUCCCCUACCGUCCCAAACCUGCCUCUGCACCUAUCAUUUUUGCAGGUGGCCAGGUAAGAGCAGACACCAUUUUGGCUUCAGCUGGAAACCACACCGUCCUGGCCCAGCCUCAGCCAGCACCUGCGUUCACGAUUCAGGGGCAGUAUGCCAUCCCUCAUCCAGAUGUGAGUCCAGCACAUUUGACCAAGCUUCACCAGUUGGCUAUGCAGCAUCCCCCCUUUACUCCCCUUGGGCAGACCACCCCUGGUUUCCCUGGACUGGAUGCCACUACUCCAACCAGUUCCCAUGAACUUACUAUUCCCAAUGAUUUAAUAGGCUGCAUUAUUGGCAGACAAGGCAGUAAGAUAAAUGAAAUCAGGCAGAUGUCAGGAGCGCAGAUCAAGAUUGCUAAUGCCACAGAAGGCUCGGCAGAACGACAAGUUACAAUCACAGGAUCCCCUGCAAACAUCAGCUUAGCACAGUACCUCAUUAAUGCAAGCUUAGAGAUGGCUAAAGUCAGCACCCAGACCGCUUCCGUCACGACCCCUGUUGACCUCAACAUGAACCUCUCUCAGUCUGCCACCCCUACCUCCACCCCCACCUCCAUGGCCGUGCUGGCGGCCGCCUCCGCCGCUACCGUCAGUACCCCCCCUCCCCUACCAACUCUGCCAACCACCCACUAUGCCGUUCCUGUCUCCAGUCUGCUUGGCAUGAAAACUGUCCCACUCCUGGCACUAAAUGCCGCGGCCGCCGCGGGGGCCACGGGGAGUUUGUCCGCUUACACUGCCAAAAUUCCUUCGACGAGUGGGGUUAAGAAAUCUGACCGCCAGAAGUUUGCUCCAUAUUGAAGGGAUGAGACACAAUGCAAGCUUUGCCAGCUCUGCCAAGAGUCUGUGGUAGCUCCUAGUUAUCAAGGAAACAAUACGGCAUCUUUUCUUUUCUGUUCAAUUGCUAGUGUUAACUGUUGCCGACUCAAGUCGUCUUCCGCUCUCCAUAACACCUAACACCAGGCACCACCUCCCAACUAGUUCCAACAGCCAGCGGGUGCCAGCCUGGGCUCUUUCUUCCCGGACACCGUCCCUCCGACGGGGCUGUGGCCAGGGCUGCCCCCAGCCCACCAAGGGAGACAUAGUAAAGAGAAGGAAAAAACAUCAGCGAGGCAAAACGUUCACAGCCAGGUUCUGCUCCAGCAAUGCUGCCCAGCAUAAAAAUACACUUCGAUCCACAUUUGCAGGGAUCCCUCCAACUGCAGAACAAUUCCUUAUGGCAAACUGGCAUUUUUAAUGUAUUUUUCCUAUUGGUAGAAUUUGCAAAUCUGGCACUUCUGAUGAUCACUAGUGCCCUUACAAUGCUCUAUGAAGUGCUGCUGGCCCCCUCAGCCAUUCUGCUGCUCCUAAAAGGCCUGGAGACCCCUAUACCCUGCCCCCCAAAUCUGCCUACAAGCAGGAGAUGGGGGCUAGGAAGUACCAACCUCAGGUACUUCUGCGUACAACAAGUGAAGCUUUCUGGUCUGAGAAAAACUGCUAAAUUAAAAUGACUGGAAAACAGUCAGGAAAAAAUGUCAGGAACCUGUGCCUUUCCACAUGAUUCUUUUAAAGGGUGCAACCAUUUUUCUCUGCUUUGGAAAAACGUAAUUUUAAGAACUCUGCUUUAGGGAGGGAGGGAGAGAGAGAGCAGGCUCCUCCUUUAGCACUCAAAUGUUUUACAUAUACCAACACAGUACUUACUGCUGUAAGUACUUCAGAGCAGGUACAAACCAGAUGCCAUCACUAUUCUGAUGCUUCCUGCCAUGUGUAUUUUAUUCAGUCAAAAUGACCAUUUUUUGUCAGGUUUCUGUACAAAAUACAUCCCUGUUUAACUCGCCACUAAUCAUGCAGUCAGGUUGUACGGUAAUCAUGAAAAACAUGCAGUGUUUUAGAGGUCAUUCAAAGGCUGCUGCCUGGACAGAUCCCAUCCCUUGACCAAGCACUUCAGGAUGUUCAGAUGAACUAAAACCAGACAGGUAAUUGCAGCCAAAGCCAAGAGAGCUGGGGAAUGGAGUGGCUGGUUGCCAGCUGUUGGAACUAGUUCUUAACUGCAUUUUCUGUUUGUCCAUCCACCUUCUUUUUAAUUUCUGUUGCAUAACUCAGUAAUGCAAUAUUGUUUUUCUCACCAUUUCCAAAUCCAGAGUCCCAUUAUCCCACCAUGUUCAUCCACUUUGCACUCCUUGGACACAAAGCUUUAACAGUUGAACUGUAUUCAGUGCAUUUUAAUAUAAACUAAAAACACAAUGCAAAUGCAAUACUUUUUAAAACAUGGUAUUUCAAAGUGUGUUAUUGUAUAGGGCUACUAUCUCAGUAUUUUGUGUCAUUUCUGUAAUCUGUGGGCUUUUCUUCACCUUAGCACCUUUGCACUAAGUUUUGUCACUGUAAUCGUUUGUAGAACUGCCAUUGUUACAAUUUGCACUUAUCCAAAUGGGGUUUUUAGUUGGUUUUGUUGGGGGUUUUUUGGUUUUGUGGGUUUUUUUGUUUGUUUGUGGCUUCCAUUUUCUUUUCCUUCUUUUUUUUCCUUUUUUUUUUUUUUUGGUUGUAUAUAAUGAAGGAAAAACUGGGAAUAAUGUCAAGGUACCACAGCUAUUUAAAAGCUCUAGAAAAGUGCUGUAAAAUUGUUCUGGACUAUUGUAACUGUUUCAAUAAUUGACAUUUAAGG